UAUCGUUCCAACACGAUUUCUGAAGCUCUCUCUCUUUUUAUGUCACUAUCGCUGUUUGCAUGUAGACGCAGCCAAUCUCUUCCCUAUGACGCCGGCGAGGCUGGGCUCAGACGGGUUUGAUCAUAAUAUUUAACACACCCACCCAGUAAGAGCACGAUACUAGUUCGAAUGAGAAGUAUAACAGCCACGGGACAAGUGGAAGCGAAAAUCUCUGCACCUGCCAAGCGGUGAAGCCUACUGGCUCUGCUGUUCCUUGAACGGAAAGACGGAGACAGAAGAUUUAUAUUUUUGACAGGAUCUGGCCUAGGUUUGCAUCCACGUAUCUUCAGCUGACAAAGCACCACAUGUUUUUUUUAAAUAUCGUCGAUUUUUUUCGCGUUGCUUUUCUUUAACGCAUUUUUUUGUGCCUGUUGCUAUUUCUUACAAGGACUGUGGCUACAUUUUUUAAUCUGAAAUUGAAUAAAGACUGUCCCUCGGACUUUUAACAAAAAUGACGAUUGGACAGCAUUGACACGUUUUUAUGCUCAGCAUUGCAUGUUCUGAUGAUGGAACAGUGCUUUCGCAACGCAAUUGUGCUAAAACACGUUUAAAAUUCCCUAAACUAUUCACUGCUAUUACGAUUAGAUAUUGUUUUCUGCCGUAUUCAGAAUAGCCACAUACCUAUUUGCUUUAUGGUGCCUGCAAUGAGUCGGCAUGUCCAUCUGGCUGAAUAUGAAUAAUUCAGUCUUUUCUAAAAGACCAGCGCUCUGUGCGUAAACAUGGAGUUUCUGAUAUAACACGGAUUAUGUUUGGAAUGACCAGAAAAAAUAUCAAAAUUAUCUACAUUGGGUUUUUGCUCCAUAUUUCACAUGUACUAUACUUUUUAUAUAUAUCGGUGUUGUGCGCUGCUUUUAUGGUUUAGUGAUAUAACAACAACUACUUAGAAGUGAAUCCUGUACAAAAUGAUCAAGAUGAUACUGUUUCGUAAAUUUCGAGUUUUGAUACUCAUGGUGUUUUUGGUGGCGUGCACUAUGCACAUUAUGAUAGACUUGCUCCCAAAACUAGAGAAGCGAGCGGCGGGACCGGAAACCGGCAACGGUGGCUGCCAGUGCACUCACAACCCGAGCGAGGAGGCCGGGAGCUGGGGAAAGCAACGCGCAAGGUCCGUGGCGGAACCGGGCUGGCCUAACAAACACACGCUGAGAAUCCUGCAAGAUUUUAGCAACGAGCCGAGCUCAAACCUCACGUCCCAUUCCCUGGAAAAAAUCCCUGUCGCCGGGGAGAGAGCGGAGUCUUUCAAACGAAUGAAACAGUACGACGGGACAGCGGAUAACCAGAAGCCGCUCAUCAGAGACGCCAGCGGGGGUAAGACCGUUGCUGCGCCCGGUAUCUUCCGGCUGCCGUCUCUGUUCGAGCAUCCUUUAUACAAGACGGACCUGCCGACCCUCACAGACGACGACACCUUGUUCAACGUGAAUACUGACAUCAGGUUAUAUCCGAAAGCAGCGGGGAAUCAAGAAUGGCACAAUGAAGCUAACGUGGAAGAGGAGGAGUACCCCCCUACAGGGGAGGUGACAGCCGAGUCCUACCCCAACUGGCUUCGCUUCCACAUCGGUAUCAACCGCUACGAACUCUACUCCAGACACAACCCUGUCCUGGACUCCCUGCUCAAGGAUCUGGUCACCCAGAGGAUCACCAGUGUGGUCAUGAAGUCAGGAGGAACUCAACUGAAGCUCAUCAUGACCUUCCAUAACUACGGACAGGCGCUGUUCAAGCCAAUGAAGUAAGUACCAAUCGCU